AUGUUCAAUAAACCCAUCCUUCACCCGAACAAAAGUCCAUCCACCACAGGAGUUGAAGGAGACUCCUCUGACGGCAACUGCCUCCCUACUAGUCACAUUUUCCAAAAUUGCCGCAAAGAAUUUUGUUCGUUGAAAUCAUUGUCCAAGCACUGUUGUCGUGGUCUCGUUGGUGCUGGUGGGGAUGAUGGCGAGAAUGACAACUCAAAUGGCCUUUUUUCUCCUUCACUCUCCCAAUCCAAAAUUCCCACUCAGCCUCUUGUGCUUACUGAAGAAGAGUGUGUCGCUAAUUGUCUUGUCAUGCUCUCCACUGCCUGCGCCAACCCUAUUUUUCGCAAUACCGAUUCAGCAGAAUGCUCUACUUCUGAAAGGAGGGAUGUUGAUUAUGUCGUCCUCCUGCCUUCUUUGCCUCAGCCAGAAGGCCCAAAACCCCACAUCUCAACACAAACGCCUCAAAAUGCGCGUAAACUUUUUGAAUGCAAGACUUGUCAAAAAAUAUUUACCUCACAUCAAGCACUCGGCGGCCAUCGGGCUAGCCAUAAGGAAAUUGAGGGCUGUUUUGCAACUCGGGUUGAAAUCAG